GGGCGGGCCCUGAGCCGGCGCGUAAUCGGAUCGCUCUGCCGCGGCUCUGACAUCCACAUGCUGCUCGGCCUGAAAAGGCGAGGGGGGGACCAAGAGUGGAGGCAGAGGAGGCGAGCGAGGCAUCAGCCCGCAGCCCGCCCCCGGCACAUCCUCAGAAGAGCAGACACUCGGCCAGCCGCUGGGUGAGGUGGAGGUGAGGGCGGGCGCCAGCGAACUCGGAGAGCCGCGCGCACACUCGCGGGCGAUCCCAGCCGCCGCCGCACCCGCAGCAGCACCAGCAGCACCGGCCGCCGCCGCUUCCUGCCUCGCACUCCCCUCGAGAGACUGGCCAAGCGGGUGUAGCUGCCUGGGGUGGCUCCCGCUAAGAGAACCGGGCGAGGACAAGAGCCGGGAGGCUAGCUGCCUACCACUCCGCCUGUCCAGUGGUCGGUGUCUCUGCCCGCGUGUGUGUCCCGGUUGCUGGGGGGACCUGUGUCAGUUUGCGCCACUGAGAUCACACAGCUGCCUAGGGGCCGUGUAAUGCACAGGGCAAGUCUUGGCUUUCAUUUUUAUUAUUAUUACUAUCUUACGCUUGGCUUUCGGGAAACCCUCGUGAUGUUGUAGGAUAAAGGAAAUGACACUUUGAGGAACUGGAGAGAACAUACAGGCUUCUGGGUUUGAAGAGGAAACCGGUCCCCGCUUCCCCCAGCUUGCUCCUUCUUUGCUGAUUUCGGGAGCUAUCACCCAGUGAGGUGGGGAUUCCAGCAAGAAUUAAGGUGAAGACAGACUGGCCACCAGGACCAAGGAGGGAAACGCUGAUCAUUAGAGACCUUUGCAGAAGACACCACAAGGAAGAAAAUUAGAGAGAGGAAAAACACAAAGACAUAAUUAUACGAGAUUCCACAAACCUGGCCACGGAGAAAGCCUCUCUCUCAAAAAAUGGAUAUGCUCCCUCUUACCUGGGUUUUCUUAGCUCUGUACUUUUCAGGACACAACGUGAGAAGUCAACCAGACCCACCCUGCGGAGGUCGACUGAAUUCCAAGGAUGCUGGCUACAUCACCUCCCCAGGUUACCCCCAGGACUAUCCCUCUCACCAGAACUGUGAGUGGGUUGUGUACGCCCCCGAGCCCAACCAGAAGAUCGUCCUCAACUUCAACCCUCACUUUGAAAUCGAGAAGCAUGACUGCAAGUAUGACUUCAUUGAGAUUCGGGAUGGGGACAGUGAGUCAGCUGACCUCCUAGGCAAACACUGUGGGAACAUCGCCCCACCCACCAUCAUCUCCUCUGGCUCCGUGUUUUAUAUCAAGUUCACGUCAGACUAUGCCCGGCAGGGGGCAGGUUUCUCCCUACGCUACGAGAUCUUCAAAACAGGCUCUGAAGAUUGUUCCAAGAACUUCACAAGCCCCAAUGGGACCAUCGAAUCUCCUGGCUUUCCAGAGAAGUAUCCACACAAUCUGGACUGCACCUUCACCAUUCUGGCUAAACCCAGGAUGGAGAUCAUCCUGCAGUUCCUGACCUUUGACCUGGAGCAUGACCCUCUACAAGUGGGAGAAGGAGACUGCAAAUAUGACUGGCUGGACAUUUGGGAUGGCAUUCCACACGUUGGCCCUCUGAUUGGCAAGUACUGCGGGACCAAAACCCCCUCGAAACUCCGCUCGUCCACAGGGGUCCUCUCCCUGACCUUUCACACGGACAUGGCAGUGGCUAAGGAUGGCUUUUCUGCGCGCUACUACUUGGUCCACCAAGAGCCUCCUGAGAACUUUCAGUGCAACGUUCCUCUGGGAAUGGAGUCCGGACGGAUUGCUAAUGAACAAAUCAGUGCCUCAUCCACUUUCUCCGACGGGAGGUGGACUCCUCAACAGAGCCGGCUCCAUGGUGAUGACAAUGGCUGGACACCCAACUUGGAUUCCAACAAGGAGUAUCUCCAGGUGGACCUGCGCUUCCUAACAAUGCUCACGGCCAUUGCAACACAGGGAGCUAUUUCCAGAGAGACCCAGAGAGGCUACUAUGUCAAAUCGUACAAGCUGGAGGUCAGCACGAAUGGGGAGGACUGGAUGGUCUACCGGCAUGGCAAAAACCACAAGGUGUUUCAAGCUAACAACGAUGCGACUGAGGUGGUUCUAAACAAGCUCCACACGCCCCUGCUCACAAGGUUCGUCAGGAUCCGCCCACAGACGUGGCACUUGGGCAUCUCCCUUCGACUGGAGCUCUUUGGCUGCCGAGUCACAGAUGCACCCUGCUCCGACAUGCUGGGGAUGCUCUCGGGCCUCAUCGCUGAUACCCAGAUCUCCGCCUCCUCCACCCGAGAGUACCUCUGGACUUCCAGUGCUGCCCGCCUGGUUAGCAGCCGUUCUGGCUGGUUCCCGCGGAACCCUCAAGCCCAGCCAGGUGAAGAGUGGCUUCAGGUGGACUUGGGGACACCCAAGACAGUGAAAGGUGUCAUCAUCCAGGGAGCCCGUGGAGGGGACAGCAUCUCUGCCAUGGAAGCCAGGGCAUUUGUUCGAAAGUUCAAAGUCUCGUACAGCCUAAAUGGCAAGGAUUGGGAAUACAUCCAGGAUCCCAGGACUCAGCAGCCAAAGCUGUUUGAAGGGAACAUGCACUAUGACACCCCCGACAUCCGAAGGUUCGAUCCAGUUCCGGCACAGUAUGUGCGGGUGUACCCAGAGAGAUGGUCACCAGCAGGCAUUGGGAUGAGGCUGGAAGUCCUGGGCUGUGACUGGACAGACUCAAAGCCCACGGUGGAGACACUGGGCCCCACCAUAAAGACGGAGGAGACUACCACCCCAUAUCCCACGGACGAGGAUGCCACGGAGUGUGGGGAGAACUGCAGCUUUGAGGACGACAAAGAUUUACAACUCCCUUCCGGAUUCAACUGCAACUUUGAUUUCCCCGAGGAGCCCUGCGGUUGGAUGUACGAUCAUGCCAAAUGGCUCAGAAGCACCUGGAUUGGCAGUGCCAGCCCCAAUGACCGAACAUUUCCAGACGACAAGAACUUCUUGAGACUGCAGAGUGACAGCCGGCGAGAGGGCCAGUAUGGGCGGCUCAUCAGCCCUCCUGUGCACUUGCCCCGAAACCCUGUGUGUAUGGAGUUCCAGUACCAAGCUACAGGCGGCCACGGGGUGGCGCUGCAGGUGGUUCGGGAAGCCAGCCAGGAAAGCAAACUCCUCUGGGUCAUCCGUGAGGACCAGGGCAGCGAGUGGAAACAUGGCCGCAUUAUCCUGCCCAGCUAUGACAUGGAGUAUCAGAUUGUGUUCGAGGGAGUGAUAGGGAAAGGACGAUCGGGAGAGAUUGCCAUCGACGACAUUCGGAUAAGCACCGAUGUCCCACUGGAGAACUGCAUGGAGCCCAUCUCAGCUUUUGCAGGUGAGGAUUUUAAAGGGGGCACCCUCCCGCCAGGGACCGAGCCCACAGUGGACACGGUGCCCGUGCAGCCCAUCCCAGCCUACUGGUAUUACGUUAUGGCAGCAGGGGGCGCAGUGCUGGUGCUGGUCUCCGUCGCGCUGGCCUUGGUGCUCCACUACCACCGGUUCCGCUAUGCGGCCAAGAAGACCGAUCACUCCAUCACCUACAAAACCUCCCACUACUCCAACGGGGCCCCUCUGGCGGUGGAGCCCACCCUAACCAUUAAGCUAGAGCAAGAGCGGGGCUCACACUGCUGAGGGCCGAAGCAGGAACAGCGCCCAAACAAACAAGAAAGACUGCAAACACGUUGCCUCGAUUUUGCACUUUUUUCGCCUCGCCUAGUCUCUGCGUGAACCCGCAGACAGCUCUCUCCAGGGUCCCCAACCCUGAGCGCUGUUAUCUGCCCCAACCGGUCUCUGUGGUCCUUGGUUCUUCUUUCUUUGCUCUGGUGUUUUUGUUUGUUUUCCUUAUCAUUUUUCCUUUUCUUCUUUCCUUUUAAUCUUCAUGCUUUUCUUUCCUUUCUUCUUUCCCUCUUUUCUUACCUUCCUUUUUCCUUUCUUCCUUCCUUUCUUCUCUCUUUGUUUCUUUCCUCUUUCUUUUUUUCAUGAUUCUAAACCAACAAAACUCAACUCUAAUGCUGCAUCUGGACCCCCAGAAGUGAUCACCCCUAAGCACUCCGCAACCCAAGGCUCAGUUGGUUUUGUUCCAGAGACAGGCCCUCUUGUUUUCUCCUCUCCUUGCCUUAUCCCAUCCCUCCUCUCCUGGGCAGGUUGCCAGGUGUCUUGAAGGGAGCCUGGUUCUGUAUGUAUGUACACAGUACACUCCCAUGUGAAGAGGUGUGUGUGUGUGUGUGUGUUUUUGUGUGUGUGUGUAGUGGGUGUGCGAGGGAGAGACUGACUCACUGUGGGGGGGAGUGUGGGUGUGUGUAGAGAGGACCCUUCACUCUUGCGUUACUUCUCCUGGGGGACAUUUUACAAGAAAAUAAUAUACUGUACACAUUUUGUUUACUUGGAGAAGAAACUGAAGCUUUUUUGUUGCCUUAUCUAGCUCUGUCUGGCUGGGUUUUUGUUGGCUGUCAUUGUCAUCUCUAGGUACCUAGAAAACUAGAGGCCACAUGGAAUACAAUGUGGCUGCACCCAUCAGUAUCCCCCAUCUCCAACACACCUGACCCAAGAGGAUGGUUCCUCCAGGGUACUCAGACCUGGUCCCUUUUGUUAUGUCUCCUGUGUCUUUGAAAUCACAAGAUAACAGCCAUUGGGUUCAUGGAGCCGUCCUCACUUCCAGUCCUGAAGCAAAUGUGUCUCAUGUUGCCUUAUAAAAGGAAAAGAAGAAGAAGAAGAAAGUUUAUAUUGAAUGUUUAGCUCUGGUGGUUCAUCCAUGGACUAGGUCCUAAAGACUAACACACCUGGGGUGAUGGCAAUGCAGUCAUCUGUUUAAACUGAGAGCAAGAGGGGAAGAGAGAGAGAGCAGAUGGAAGGAUUCAAAUGUUGUCUUUUCAAAGUCUCCUCAACCCGGGGCAUCACUGCAUUGAGCCUAGCCUGGGAUGGGGUUGAUUAAAAAGGUAUUCUUUGGUAUUAUUUUGGUCAUUGUAACAGCAUUUGUAAACUAUGAGGGAGAGGGUGUUAUUGCUUUCUUUUCGUGGUGUUAAUGUCUGAAGCAUAAGGCUGUCCACCUGACUUAUUCAGAUACUAUGAGAACACAGAAAGGAAUCAUUCGCUGAAGUGUACCAGUGUGCUGCCUCUUAAAGCAUUUACGUCAUCUAGGCUGGUGGACUGGCUGAUAUCUGCAGAUGCCACAGCAUGGGCAAAGAGAAGGUGCAUGAAAAAAGCACACCCAUCACUGCCUGCUCUUCCUCCCCAAACAACGCACAGGGAGGGAUGUUAGUGAGCUGUGCCCAGUGAUGCUGUGCAAAGGAUGGAUUAAAUGACAAAGUCAGCUUCAUUGUAAGAAAGUCUGUGUUUGAAAAUUUCGAAUAUACCAGGGCUCAGUUUGGAGGUGUUUGUUUUCUGCCCCCCCCCCCGAAAGUCUCUUGGGAAGUGUAAAAUUCUGUCAGGAUGCUUUACUGAUCAGAACAUCUUCAGACACCCUCUAAGAACAAAAUACUAAUGAUUCUUUUUUUUAAUUGCUUGGGCGAGAGCCAUAAGACAUUCUUGUGGAGUAGCCAGAGAGGUCCCUCUAGCAGAUUCUCAGUUUUUGUAUCUGGUUCCUUUCAUCUUGCUUAAAGGAUGUGGUCUCCCACUCUUACUUUGUUUCAAAGACCUAUUCUGUCUCAACUACAUCAACCCUGCCAAGAAAAGAAAAGAUGAAAGGCUAGAGUGUGGCUACUUUGAGUUGUCCUACCUCAACUGAAGAUGGAGAAGGAAGGAAGCAUGAGCAGGAGGUGGGCAGCAGCCCGGGGCACUAAGAAAAUUCUGCCAGUCACCAAAGGUUUUUUUUUUUUAAGAUUGUUCACCUCUAGCUGAGUACUUAGGGACAGGCAUUCUUUGCAAAUGAUUGACAUUCCUACAGGUGUCCUGUGGAGGCAUCAGAAGACCAUAGCUAGAAAAUCUAUCCGAUGUAGCAAAAGCAAGAUGGCAGACACUUUGUGAGCUUGUUCUUUGCUCAUCCAAUGCUCGAGGCAGGCAGCACCAUCUUCAAGUACAUGUUAUAGAUGGUGAAUCCCAUGAUGCCCGUCAGCUGUGAUUCGUGCUUAAGUGUUCUCUCUCUCCUCUCUUUUGCUUUCUCGCUUUCUCUCUCUCUCUCUCUCUCUCUCUCUCUCUCUCUCUCUUUCCUGCUCCCCCACUCCAGCAUCUUUGGUAGUAUUUUCUAAAAGGGUAGCUCAUGUAAAAUGCCAUGUGCUGCUUUAAAAAGCAAAACUCCCUAUCUGGUAGGGGAGGAAAGUGUCACUCUUCUAAGGAAACUGGACUGGACAGAUGAACGUUGCUCCAGUGUCUUGGUAUCCCAGAAGACAGAGCGGUGAUACCAACGGUAAAAUGUGAACGAGUGCACAAAUGAGGUGAAGGGCCAGCUGGGGCUGGAAAGCAUUUGCCUUAUGAGAGGUCUCACAAGAACCCUUCCUUGAGAGCACGCUAGCAACCGCCCUGCCUGUUGCUGGCAAAUGCAGAAAAGGAAAAACAAAACAAAUGUAGCAUUGCCAUUGACAAAACACGAUCCCGAAAAUAAACUCCUCCUCUCCCUUGUCCCACUCCUCUUGAUUAAAACCAGAAUAGGCAA